AUGAAUCACAAGGGCCAGACAGUGAAGGUUCUGGUUGAGAAACCAUCCAUGUCCAGUAUCGCAGCACAUUCGGCUACGCUCUCGCACCUAAGAGCGUACAGCCAUGUUCUACAGGCGUCCAGGGUGCUAUCGCAGACGGCGUCGUUAUUGGGAGGGAUGUUUGUUACCUUUUUUUCGCUGCUCAGCUUGGUGAAAGGGUACGUUGUGGACUCCCCGUCCUCGCCUGCGUUGUUUAAGGUGGCCUACGGGUAUCUGGCGGAAGGGGCGAAGAAGGUGGACGCCACGGUGAACCAGCUGUUGUUGAGCGACGGGAUCGACGCGUUUAUUCUGCAAUACGUGCUCCACAACGGAUCUCUUGGUAUGUGGACCGCGUACUUUGCGCUGGACUACACUGCUAACGUUUCUAACUACUUGAUCAGGGGAUUGGUGUUGAAGCCUCUGCAGCUUGUGCGCGACGGCGACGAGACGUCGUCUGCGGCCGCCGGGCGCUUUGCUGCCGUUGGCGCCACUCGCGGCGCCAACGGCAGCGGUGGCGCCGCCAAUGGAGACUACGCCGCGGGUGGCUACUCCACCCCCAGCUCCCAGGCUGACUCCGUGAAACUCAGCUCCGUCGGCUCCGAGCUGCCCCACGUCCGCGAACUGUCCAAUACCACCACUGCUCUGCGCAGGGAUAUCUCCGACAAAUACAUCGCUCCUACCAAGACCAUGAUCGAGUCCUACCUGGAGCCCACCAAGACCAAGAUAGAGGCGCAGUACAUCCACCCCAUCAACGAGCGCGUGGAGUCCACGAAAAACUUGAUCAACAACAAGUACGACGAGUUCGUGAAACCCACCUACGAGGCUGCCUACGAGACUGUCUCCAAGGCCUACGAGGGCAGGCUAAAUUCCUUUGAGAGCGUGCCUCGUGCUAUUGUUUCUACCGGGGUUGAUCUGGGUUCCAGGACUUUCGAAAAAAUAAAGUCUGUUACUCUGCACAACGAGGGUUCUGUGUCUACGGCCGAACUGACUGCUGUGGCCGAUGAGGUGAUUGUGAAUGGCGUCAAUGAGAACGAGGAGAUUGCUGCGGCCUGA